GGCGGAGGAGAGAGAGAGAGAGCGAGUGAGUUGGAGUUGUUGCUCUGCGCUCUUUGCCAGUCAGAGGUGUGUUUUUUUCGGUUCCACUCUGUGUCUUUGGGUAGCAGGACCCCGCCGUGCAGCCAGCCUCCAGUGCCAUGUCCAACAGCUGUCUUGGUAAAAGGUCGCAGCUCAUCUGAAGGGGGAAGGUAGCACCUUGCUUUGAGGAGGACAGAAGAUUUUAAAAAAAAACUAAAAAACAGAAGACCGACCAGUUGCAGAGAGAGGGGGGGUGCAUAACUGACAACCCCUCCCUCCUCUCCUCACUAAACAGGGCAAAAACGGAAGGCUUUGGAGUAUUCAAUUUUUUCUUUCGCUUUAUAUUUUUCUUAUUCCUCAUCGCCGUGCUGGGAGGUGCUUCAUCUUUUCAUAUAGUCUCUCUCUCCGCCACUUGCCUUCUCAUCUAUUUCUCCAUCUACCUGGUUUACAAUUUCCUCUAUUUAUGAGUGAGAGAGAAGAGGAAGGACAGAAGAGUUUUUGUAUGAUUUUUCUGUUCUUCCUUUCCUUCUCUCCUCUCGCCCCCCCCCUCUUUUCACCCAACCAUAUCAUACCUGUCAGUCCCUCCCUGCCAUUGUAUUUCUAGCUGCCACCAUCAGUUCAUCACUCCCCACCCUACGCCUUUCUGUCUCAGAAGUCUGAUGUAAUAUGAACUUGGAUGAUUUUUUUUCCCUCUUUUUCAAAGACAACAAAAAAACCUCCUCAUGAAUGACUCUUUUUUUCCCCUUUUCCUUCUCUUUUGGUCCCUCCACACCCAUUUUCUUUGCAUCACACCCGUGCGGGAUUCUUAAAUGUUACUCUAGACUGAGAGAGAGGAGAGCGCAGAGCGGCCCGCAAAACCCAUCAUCAUGACCGGCUAAAGCAACGCCAAGGCAAGCACAGUCAGAAGAAGAAGAAGAAGGAGGAAGGAAGGAAGGAAGGGAGAGAAGAAGAAGACAAGGAGUUUGUGCACACUCACUGCUGCUCAUCUCCACGGCAACUGUGUUCUCGCAGGCUCACAGACUUCUGGGAGGAGACCUUGGCGCGCCGCAUCGUCGCCGUUGGAGGAAGGGAAAGGGAGUCAGAUGGAAAGGGACCAAUGAAGGAGCGCCCCUCCACCGCUCGCCAUCUGCCAUCGUUUUGAUCCCUUUUGUUGAGUUCACACGCACACUGACAUUUUUAGUUGAGCGGAGUCAACUUUUUAAAAGUCUUCUUGACUUUAUAUGUCAAAAUCAUUGUUUGUACACAAUUGACGAUCCAACUACACUCCAAAAAACAGUCACCAUCAUCCCGACAAAGCCACGGCAUCGCGCUCCUCGACCCCCCCACUCGGACCAAGACUCCCCAGCCGCCGCCCUGCAAGACCCCCGGCCUCAGACUGCCCCCGCAAGUGACUUCAUCUGUCUACCAUCCCUCCAUCCGAGGCUAUGAGAGGAGGAGUCGAAUCCCAGAUCACUCCAUCAUGCCAGUUCUGAAGAGCAGAGAGGAGAUCCGGGCUGGCAAUGUUCAAGGGACGGCAUUCACACUCCUCCACAAUGCUUGUCAGCCUCCACCUUUCUCCCUCCCGUCUUCACGACAAGCGCUACGUCUCCUCCCUCUCCCCCCCUCACCACCCUCCUUCUCCUCCCCGGGACCAGUCGCCUCGCCGUCCUUGUUUUUGGCCUCGGCCAACCCCGCCCUUGCUCUCCUUGUCCCUCACUCUGCUGCUCCUCUCCAUACUCAUGUUACCCGUCUGCGAGUCUCGCAGGGGCGGAGGGGCAGGCACAGGGCCUGGAGGGCCCCCCGGGGGACAAGGCGGCCAGAGGGGAGACGGCACCCAGAGGGGGGUCGUCAUCCCUCCCCAGUACUCUCCCGCCUCACCGGCUGUCCCACCAAUCAGUCCCAAGAUGAUCAACUCCCUCAGCAUAGCCGUCAUCCUGGUGGGCAACUCUAGUGACGUGACCCUGGGGGCCGGACUCGAGAAAGAGGACUUCCUCCACAUCCCUUACCCUCCCAAAGUCGAGUUGGUCACCAUGAACGAGACCGACCCAAAGAGCAUCAUCAAUCGCAUCUGCGCCCAGAUGAAGAGGAGCUCUCUGCAAGGCGUGGUGUUCGGUGACGACACGGACCAGGAGGCCAUCGCUCAGAUCCUGGACUUCAUAUCCGCCCAGACACACAUUCCCAUCCUGGGCAUCAGGGGAGGCUCCUCCAUGGUCAUGGCUGCCAAGGACGACCACUCCAUGUUUUUCCAGUUUGGUCCGUCCAUCGAGCAGCAGGCCUCCGUCAUGUUGAACAUCAUGGAGGAGUAUGACUGGUACAUCUUCUCCAUAGUCACCACAUACUACCCUGGCUACCAGGACUUUGUCAACAAGGUCCGAAGUACCAUCGACAACAGCUUCGUAGGGUGGGAGCUGGAAGAAGUCUUCCUGCUGGACAUGUCCGUGGACGACGGAGACUCCAAGAUCCAGAACCAGCUGAAGAAACUGCAGAGUCCUGUUAUCCUGCUCUACUGCACCAAGGAGGAGGCCAGCACCAUCUUCGAGGUGGCCCAUUCCGUGGGCCUCACGGGUUACGGCUUCACAUGGAUCGUGCCGUCGCUGGUCGCUGGGGACGCAGACCACGUCCCCGAUGUCUUCCCCACAGGUCUUAUCUCAGUGUCGUAUGACGAAUGGGACUACAACAUUGAGGCCAGGGUGCGUGAUGCAGUGGCGGUCAUUGCCACGGCGACCUCCACCAUGAUGCUUGACCGGGGGCCGCACACACUGCUGAAGUCAAGCUGCUUUGGGACGCCCGACAAAAAGAGCUCCAACACCGUCCACUCCAGGGAAAUAUUGAAGUACCUCAUGAAUGUGACGUUUGAAGGCCGUAACCUGUCAUUUAGCGAAGAAGGUCACCAGAUGUUUCCCAAACUGGUCAUCAUUCUUCUCGACAAGGACAGACAAUGGGACAGGGUUGGCAAGUGGGAGAGAGGCUCUCUGACGAUGAGGUACCAUGUGUGGCCUCGCUUUGAGCUGUACUCAGCGGCGGAGGAGCGGGAGGACCACCUGUCCAUCGUGACUCUGGAGGAAGCGCCGUUUGUCAUCGUGGAGGACGUGGAUCCGCUCAGUGGCACCUGCAUGAGGAACACGGUGCCGUGCCGCAAACAGCUCAAACUCAGCAAUCAGACUGGCGAUUCAGGGAUUUACAUCAAGCGCUGCUGCAAAGGUUUCUGUAUUGACAUCCUGAAGAAGAUCGCCAAGGCGGUCAAGUUUACUUACGACCUCUACCUGGUCACCAACGGCAAACAUGGCAAGAAGGUUAAUGGGACAUGGAACGGCCUGGUUGGAGAGGUGGUGCUGAAGAAUGCCCACAUGGCAGUGGGUUCGCUCACCAUCAACGAGGAGAGGUCCGAGGUCAUUGACUUCUCCGUGCCCUUCAUUGAGACGGGGAUCAGUGUCAUGGUCUCCCGUAGCAACGGCACCGUGUCCCCCUCCGCGUUCCUCGAGCCCUUCAGCGCCGAUGUCUGGGUGAUGAUGUUUGUGAUGCUGCUGUUGGUGUCGGCCGUGUCUGUGUUUGUGUUUGAGUACUUCAGCCCUGUGGGUUACAAUCGCUGCCUGGCAGAUGGACGAGAACCCGGCGGCCCCUCUUUCACCAUCGGUAAGGCCGUCUGGCUGCUUUGGGGUCUGGUGUUCAACAACUCCGUCCCCGUGCAGAACCCCAAGGGGACCACUAGUAAGAUCAUGGUGUCCGUGUGGGCCUUCUUCGCUGUCAUCUUCCUGGCCUCCUACACUGCCAACCUUGCCGCCUUCAUGAUCCAGGAGGAGUACGUGGACCAGGUGUCGGGCCUGUCGGAUAAAAAGUUCCAGAAUCCCAAUGAAUUCUCACCCCCGUUCCGGUUCGGCACGGUGCCCAACGGGAGCACAGAGCGCAACAUCCGCAACAACUACCGGGACAUGCACAGUUACAUGACCAGCUUCCACCAGAAGAACGUGGACGAGGCGCUGUACAGUCUGAAGAGCGGCAAACUGGAUGCUUUCAUCUACGACGCGGCGGUGCUGAACUACAUGGCGGGCAGAGACGAGGGCUGUAAGCUGGUCACCAUCGGGAGCGGCAAGGUGUUCGCCUCCACCGGCUACGGCAUCGCCAUCCAGAAGGACUCCGGCUGGAAGCGAGCCGUGGACCUGGCCAUCCUAAUGCUAUUUGGAGAUGGUGACAUGGAGGAGUUUGAGGCCCUGUGGCUGACGGGCAUCUGUCACAACGAGAAGAACGAGGUGAUGAGCAGCCAGCUGGACGUGGACAACAUGGCGGGGGUCUUCUACAUGCUCGGCGCCGCCAUGAUCCUGUCGCUGAUCACCUUCAUCUGUGAACACUGGUUCUACUGGCAGCUGCGCUUCUGCUUUAUGGGCACGUGCACGGGGCAGCCCGGCGCCACCUUCUCCAUUAGCAGGGGUAUCUGGAGCUGCAUCCACGGGGUGCAGAUUGAGGAAAACAAGUCCACCACAGACUCGCCGUCGGCCACCAUGAAGAAGAACAUGAACAACACCCACUCCAACAUCCUGCGCUUGCUCCGCACUGCCAAGGACAUGACCGCCGUGCCGGGCAUCAACGGCUCGCCGCACGCCGCCCUGGAGUACAGCCACAGCGGCCGCGACUCGGCCAUCUACGACAUCCAGGAGCACCGGCGCAGCUUGGUGGGCCACCCGGCCGACUGCAAGUCAGCGCCGCCCUACCUGCCCGAGGACAACAUGUUCAGUGACUACAUCAGCGAGGUGGAGAGGACUUUUGGCAACUUGCCCCUGAAGGACAGCAACCUGUACCAGGACCAUUACCUGCACCACCACCCGGCCUCGGCUCUGGGUAUGUCCGGCCCCGCGCCAAACAGGCCGCGUAGCUUAGGCAGCACUAGCUCGUUGGAGGGGGGCAUGUUCGAUUGCGACAGUUUAGGGGGAGGGGUAGCGCCCAUCUUCACCACCCAGCCCCGGCCCUCCAUGACUCACAGGAAUACAAAACAGUUUGACCUGAUCACCGGCCACACCCCUGCGGACUCCAGCCAGGGCGGGUUCAAGGGAAACAAUGUGUACGGCAGGUUUUCCUUCAAAGGAGGUGCAUCCAGCGCGGGGCUCAUCGGGGGUCCCGACAGGUACUGUGGUGGGCGCGGGGGAGGCUCAGGGGGGGACGAUGGGAACAUUCGCUCCGACGUCUCGGAUAUCUCCACGCACACUGUCACCUACGGCAACCUGGAGGGAAACAACAAGCGGCGUAAGCAGUACAGGGACAGCCUGAAAAAGAGGCCCGCCUCGGCCAAGUGCAGACGGGAGCAGGACGAGAUAGAGCUGAGCGGCCUCAGGAGGAGAGCCCACCACCACACCGUCCACCACCACUUCCCCCACGGGCCCCUGGCACACCGCACGGUCUCACCUCCCCUGGAGCGGAAGAGGGGAGGCGGAGGGGGUAAUUCUUCACCUUACAUUUUCCGCAAAGACAAAGAGAACCUGAGAGAUUUCUAUGCGGACCAGUUCCGCUCCAAGGAGGGCAAGGCCAAGUGGGAGCAAGAGAGUGGAAGUGGAGGAAGCGGCGUGGGCGGUGGUAGUGGUGGUGGUAUCUGUAAAAGCUUAGUGCCUGUGGAAGACUUCCUCAAAGGUAAAGGCAAGAAGCCCGAGGGUAAAGGCGGGCUGGGCUCAGUGUCGGCAGGGCAGCAGGCCCACACCUGCUGGGAGCAGGGGGUUUCGGGGCUGGGAGGCGGCGGCAUUGCAGGGGGCGACUGGGAGUGUCGGAACUCCCACAAUGCCUGUCACCACGGCGGCGGUGUGGGAGGAGGCGGUGGCGUUUGCAGUCGCCCCAGCUCCGCCAGCUGCAAGCGCUGCGACUCGGGUAAGAUCCCGCCGAGCAACCUGUACAACAUCAGCGAGGACAACAUGGUGUUCGCCGGAGUGAAGAGCAGCGUAGGACCCGGCCAAGCACAAGCACAAGCCCAGGGGCAGCGCAGGAAGCUAGGGGCGGGCGGGAGGGUGUUACGGAGGCAGCACUCGUACGACACGUUCGUGGACCUGCAGAGGGAGGGGGCGGGUCGCGUGGGAGGGGGCGGCGGCGGAGGGCAGUUUCCCCAGCCGCGGAGUGUGAGCUUGAAAGACAAGGACCGCUCCAUGGAGGGCCCCAGUCCUUACGCUCACAUGUUUGAGAGGUACGCGGGGGAGAGGGAGUCUUCCAUGUUCGGCGGAGUAGGCGGCGAUAGGGCGAAAGGAGGCUCCUCCUUCAGUCUGUUCCGCGGGGGCGAAGGUGGGUCCCACAAGCGUUCCGUCGGGGAGAGAGACCUGCGAGACAGAGCGAUGAUGGGAGGUGGGGGCUGUGGUGGUGGUGGUGGUGGUGGUGGUGGUGGCGGUAGCAGCAGAGGGGCCGGGACUUACUCCUUGUCUAAAUCUCUCUACCCAGAUAAGGUGAACCAGAACCCCUUCAUCCCAACCUUCGGCGAUGACCAGUGUCUAUUACACGGCGCCCAACCGUACUACGUCAAAAAGCCACAGACGCCGCAGCAGCAGCAGCAGCUUCUCAACAACAGCCGAGGAGGAGGCGACUUCCGCGGCUCCAUGGGAACCGCUUCCUAUUUGCCCGCGUCCGCCACAGCUGGGGUCAUGUCCAAUGUGGCCCCCAGGUUCCCCAAUGACUUGUGUCUGGGCGGGGUGGGGGGCCCCAUGGGGAACCACCACGGAGCCAGCAAGCUACUGCCACUGGGCAGGGACACGUUAGGUCUGGGGCCGGGACAGCGAACCUUCAACGGCGCCAGCAACGGACACGUUUAUGAAAAGCUCUCCAGCAUUGAGUCAGACGUCUGAAGGGGGGGGCGAGGCAGGGACAGAGCGGCAGAAGAUAAAGUGGGCAAAGAAAACAUGGGGGAGAGAAACUCAUGGAUGCCGACGACCUCUCAGCGCAACGAGAACGAGGAGACACGAGUGUGUGUGUGUGUGUGUGCGUGUGUGUGUGUGUGUGUGUGUGCGCGUGUGUGCCGUUCUGAACAAAUCUGGACGAUGCAGAGAGGCCACUGCAGGCUAAGCUGUGAAGUCUGGCGGGAGACAAGUUCUUAAUGAGAAGAGAGGAUUCUGGUGCUGCUCCGACGCUCAGAGAGAGAUAGAGAAGGAGAGAGGGGAGGAAGGGGGAUG